AAUGGUAAUUCAACUGCACAGAAUAGGAUGUAAAUAGUUACAAGCCAAGUGCUAUAUUAUCGUGCAACUAGCGAAUACGAACGUGCGUCGGUUCUGUAUGAAGGUUUUUCUUGUACAUUGGCAUUGGCUGAUGAAAUUUAAGCUGUGAAACCAUCUGGUCUGGUCACAUGAGGUGGUUCCUGCACGAAAAAAACAUAGUGAGCUACACAAUAUUACGUUGAACACUUUGCAAAGCAGCGUUCAGACAAGGUUUUCGAACAAUUAGGCUCUGCAGAAAUGAGUGAUACAAUGGACAAACUACCGAUUACGGAUCCAACAAUUCGGAUCGUGCCGUCUAAAGAUUUGCGCAAGUUUAUUGGCAGCAAUCUAUCCAUGUCACCAUCAGCCCCGGCUUCAGUGCGAGAAAUUUACUGUACUUACAAUAUUGGCAAAAGGGGAAAAACUUCCAUUAACAAGAAAGGCUCCCCGGACGAUGGUAAACAAAAGCAUGUAACCAUUGAUUUUACUGCGGAUGAGCGGAACCUAAUUAAUCACAUGGUAGCCGGCACGAAGGAUCAACAGGGUGAACAGAACACCAUGGGUUUCACAGACCCGGAGCAAGAUAACUCACAACAUACGAGCACAGAUGAAACACAGUUGAACGUCAGUGAUAUCAAGUGGCUCUACGCAACACUGAAGGAAAUGCGGCAAACUGACCCAACUGUACCGUAUUUGCAUACUCUGCUGAACGGCUGCCAACUGAAACUGCCAGUUAAUCCGAUACAGGAGAGAAACCCAGAACUGGAAGCGCGUUGCCAGCGGCUUCGAAAGGAACAGGAGGAUCGGGAAUAUUAUCGAAUGACGAAAAAUGUCGACAGCAUUCGCAAGCACAUGCCCGAGGAGACGAUUAGCUAUCAGAUGAAGCAAAUCAAUCGGCAUUUGAUUGCGGUAGCCCAGUUUUUGUUUUCCGUGGCCGCCGGUUUCGCAUUCGGGUUCAUUGGCAUCGAGCUGCUGAUAGGACAGCUAGAUUUUGGAUUCCGUUUACUGCUCGGUAUUAUCAUCGCUCUUAUAAUCGCACUGGCGGAGAUCUACUUCCUGGCGAAGAAGUUGAACGAAGAGUACGAUCUACCACCUCCACCUGCAUUCACCUCGAAGGAAAAGCCACCAUCCACCGUGCAGAAAGCCGUUCCAGCGUCUAAAUCCAAAUCAAGCCACAAGAACACGAGCACAAAGGAGCACGAUGAAUGAAAUGUAACAGCACGUUGAUGUAAUGCUUGUCUGUAUGACAAAGUUUAUUGGAAAAAUGCAUCUUGUUAGCAAAGCA